CUACUAAUGACAUUUCCAUCGAUGGUUUGAUGGUCAUUCCAAGCAACGCACAUACAUGUAGCUAAUUUCUUGCUGACACGAUAUUGGAAGGACGGUGGAGGAAUCAUGGGAAGUUUUCAGAAGUGGUGAACCAAUGCUGGUAUUAAACAGAUAGCUGAAUCUUGGGUGAGACAUUGCUGGGUGAGUCUCUCCUCCGAGUACCACCGGAAAUACUAUGGCAAAAGAAUGAAUGGAAUGGUUCGUCUUGCCUUGUUCGAGGCAGAGCGUCGUUGAUGGUGUUGAUGGUGAAUCUAUAUCAUGUAGCUGCCUUGCUGGUUGCGACUGUGCUUGCUUGGUGCGAGUAUGUAGGCCUACAGCGAUCCUGCAAGUCGCCACCGGAAUGGCCUUCAAGUCGACUUGCAGUCACACAACUCUCUCGUCUUUCCUCAAGUGGCCGCGCGCAUCCGAAUGCGAACAAUGGCAGUGCAAAGCAAGGCAAUAAUGCUGUGCACGUGGUGGGCUGCGCGAACUUUUCCUCAUUUCCGCCUUCUCAUUCCCGCACGACGCGCUUUCUAACCUACCAACCGCCCGGGAAUGGUUGGAACAACCAGAGGCAGGCCAUGGAGUUGGCCUUGGCGAUGGCAUUGCUGCUGGAUCGUACCCUGAUUGUGCACCCGAUGUCGCCACAUGAGCUCGGCCUGUCGUUGAAGCGACCACGACCAGGACAGGAUGGAUCAUUGACCAGUCUUUCAGGUUACCAGGCCUACAAUGCCAUCCAGGCCAAAGACCUCACCCCUAUCAGCAGCCUGCUGGAUCUUCAGCACAUAUCCCGAACAACUGGUGUGAGUAUUGUUGAAUGGUGUGAUACACAGGCAGCACUGAGAAAGCACAUGAAUGCACUGCAGUGGCAGGAGGUCUGCCACAGCGGAGGACAUGGAUAUUGGGUUGAUCAAAUGCCACGCCCGGGGUCAAAAUCAAUCGAUUCCCAAAACGUACAUGAUCUGAUGUACAGACAGCAAUUCCAGCCAGUCGGGGGCUGGUUCUCUAAAUGCGAAAGUGAGAUAGUUGAGCAACAACGACAUCUUUGGGAUGAGCCGUUAGUACGUAGUGUCAUGGGCCUGGCUUCCUCUAGUGCUGAUGUCAUCUAUUUCUCCGAAGGCACGAUGUUUGGAAUUGACCUAAGGUUCAUAGACAAGGAUUCCGCUAUGGCAGCACAGAAUGCGCUGUUAGACGCAAUUCGACUGGAGGAGUCGAUCCGGAUGAAAGCAAGAGAGGUUGCCAAGCGACUUAGCCCAUUCAAUGCGGUGCAUGUUCGGCGCGGUGAUCAUCAGCUACGAAAAGCAGAUGCUUCACUCUGGUUGGAAACAAUGCAGGAGAGAGGAUUUCUAAAGGCAACCAAAAACCUAUACAUUGCUACAGACGAGCAAAGCCGAGCCUGGUUUCAGCCAUUUUCCGCGGCCGGCUACAAUGUUGUGUUUGCUUCGGAUGUCGAAGACAUCCUGUUGGCCAAGUCUCUGCCAGCCGCUUCCUGCCAGGACAUCACUGGUGUGUACGAGCAGGCAAUUCUUAUGGCUGCACAACAAUUUGCCCCCUCACCACAUUCAACGUUCAGCGCGUUUGUGCUGCGAUCGCGCAACGAGACCGAGUUCUGGGACGGCAUGUUGACGGCUGGGACUCGGAUAAAGUGGGUUGGCCAUACAAUAAGGCAUGUGUGACGGCGAAGGCGAUCUGAGUUAAAUGAUUCUUUCUUGCUUUUUAAGACUAAAUACAUGGAGCAACCAUUCUCAUAAUAAUUAUUAUAUUUUGUAAGUUUUUGGCAGAUAUGUAAUAAUUAUAGAAAGAGCCAGAUGGAUAUAAAAUUCG